CUUUUUCUUGGGUCAAAACUUUUGAGGUGGGCUGGCUCUCUAGCAGCAGCGGGGGAGAGGAUAGACUGGGGCGCGCCAGUUGGAGGAGCUUCAGCACCUCGGCCAGCGCCCACUGCAGCCCAACCCACCCACUUGAGCUCCCGGACUCCCUGCUUUGAGAAUGCCUGCGGAAUGAUCGCCCCCCAGGGCGGCUGCCGCUGCUGCCGCUACUGCUACCGCUGGUGCUGUUCCUGCUACUGCUGCUGCCACCGCCUCUGCCUCCACUCCGCUCUGAGUGGCAGGCAGAAAGUGCAACUGACGGGGGAAAGGUCUCUGCAGUGAGUGGAGUGGCUACAUAAAAGAGAGUAAAGAGGGGGCAAAAACCCAGAUCAGAAUGCAGGCGACGUCCAACCUUCUCAACCUCCUGCUGCUGUAUUUGCUUGCUGGAUUAGAUCCUUCCAAGACUCAGAUUAGUCCCAAAGAAGGGUGGCAAGUGUACAGCUCAGCGCAGGAUCCCGAUGGGCGGUGCAUUUGUACAGUGGUUGCUCCAGAGCAAAAUCUAUGUUCCCGGGAUGCCAAAAGCCGGCAACUCCGCCAGCUCCUGGAAAAGGUUCAGAAUAUGUCCCAGUCUAUUGAAGUCUUAAACUUGAGAACUCAGAGAGAUUUCCAAUAUGUUUUAAAAAUGGAAACCCAAAUGAAAGGCCUGAAGGCCAAGUUUCGGCAGAUUGAAGAUGAUCGGAAGACACUAAUGACCAAGCAUUUUCAAGAGUUGAAAGAGAAGAUGGAUGAGCUCUUGCCCUUGAUUCCCGUGCUGGAGCAGUACAAAACAGAUGCCAAGCUGAUCACUCAGUUCAAGGAGGAAAUUCGGAAUCUGUCUGCCGUCCUCACGGGGAUUCAGGAAGAAAUCGGUGCCUAUGACUAUGAGGAACUACAUCAGAGGGUGCUCAACUUGGAAACCAGACUUCGUGACUGCAUGAAAAAGCUGACAUGUGGCAAGUUGAUGAAAAUCACAGGCCCUGUGACAGUCAAGACAUCUGGAACUCGAUUUGGCGCUUGGAUGACAGAUCCUUUAGCAUCUGAAAAAAAUAAUAGAGUCUGGUAUAUGGACAGUUAUACUAACAAUAAAAUUGUCCGUGAGUACAAGUCAAUUGCAGACUUUGUCAGUGGGGCUGAAUCAAGGACAUACAACCUCCCUUUCAAGUGGGCAGGAACUAACCAUGUUGUCUACAAUGGCUCACUCUAUUUUAACAAAUACCAGAGUAAUAUUAUCAUCAAGUAUAGCUUCGAUUUGGGGAGAGUGCUUGCUCAACGAAGCCUGGAAUAUGCUGGUUUUCACAACGUUUACCCCUACACCUGGGGUGGAUUCUCUGACAUCGACCUAAUGGCUGAUGAAAUUGGGCUGUGGGCUGUAUAUGCAACUAACCAGAAUGCAGGCAAUAUUGUCAUCAGCCAACUUAACCAAGAUACCUUGGAAGUGAUGAAGAGCUGGAGCACUGGCUACCCCAAGAGAAGUGCAGGGGAAUCUUUCAUGAUCUGUGGGACACUGUAUGUCACCAACUCCCACUUAACUGGAGCUAAGGUGUAUUAUUCAUAUUCCACCAAAACCUCCACAUAUGAAUACACAGACAUUCCCUUUCAUAACCAAUACUUUCACAUAUCCAUGCUUGACUACAAUGCAAGAGAUAGAGCUCUUUAUGCCUGGAACAAUGGCCACCAGGUCUUGUUCAAUGUCACCCUUUUCCACAUCAUUAAGACUGAGGAUGACACAUAGGCACAUGUGAUUUAUUUUCAUUGAUCUAAACACUGUCAUUUGUGAUAAACUCAAUAGGAGCCCUUCUGUUUUUUUAUUAUAAUUUUCCAUCAUUUCUCCAAAACAGAACAUUUUUUAUUAUAAAUUUGGUGUUUCAAAAGUCUGCUGAGUCUGUCUAAAUUAAUGUGUUCAAAACACAUCUUAACCCCUGAAUUUACAAGGCCUAUCAUGUCAUUGUCAUCAAAAGCACUAAAAAGAGCUUAAGUGGCUAAAGUCAUAGUUUUGCAAAAGAUUAAUGAUCUGCCUUAUAUUAGAGUCAGAGACUAAUGUUGGCUUACAUGCAUGAAUGUCAUUUUCUUUUUAUUAAAACUGUCAUUUUUUUUUACUGUCUGUUGCUCCACAUCAGGAAAUAUUUUUGGUAGGAAUUAGGGUUAAGGAAAAAAAAAAGCUUUUUCCCCAUUUAUUACUAAAAACGAUUUCGUUUGUAUAGAAAAAUAGUAUUAAUAAUUUUGCUGUUAACAGAAUUCUCUGAUGCGGUGCUGUACAGUCAUUUUUAAAUCUCUUGCUAACAUUUUAUUGGCAAUAUGUAUUUCUAUCAUUGUAACCACCAUUGUGCAAUUGUAUUUCUUCACUUCUGUGAAAGUACAUAAUAUUUUUUAUAAAAUAGAUUGAAAUUUAAUCUCAGUAAUUAUUUGAGUCAAUUUUCAAGCAUAGUCAAGAAGAGUCUUCUUGACUUACGCCCUUACACAAUCAUUAUAAACUAAAAAGAAAAUCAAAGCAGCUAUCUUACAUAAGAGCUUUUAUUUUACCCCAAGUUCAAUGGACCACUGAUGUUGAAGGCAAAAACUGAUUCAAUGCAGCCAAGUUACUUUGUUCACAGGAAGCAGCCCAUAUGGUUGCUUGCAAAAGAUGCAGAUGAGUCACAAAUUUUGAAUAUGGGUUGAAUUACUUAUAUAUUAUACACCAAACACAUUUUUUGUUCUUUAUUAAUGAAAUAUAUUAUUUAUUAAAUAUAUUUUAUUUUACUCAUAGCUUGCAAUAAUGUAAUUCCUUGUAUCUAAAAGUACAUGAAGCACAUAAAUACUCUUAAAAAAAGAAAAUUUCUACAAUGUCCUGUAGAUUUAGAUUUUGAGUUCUGAAGAGUUAUUGUCAGGGCUUAUGCAAAAGAAAAUGAUGAAGAGACUUGGGAUUUGUCUGUUUGGUUUCAAAUGUAUAAAUAACCAACUCAGAAAGUGAGUGAGAAGGUAACCCCUUGUUAUCUGAUUCAUUGUACAUGCAGAAAUAAUGUAUCCAAAAAAAGGAAAACUUUAGUGAUAUUUUGUUCAUUAUUCUACAAAACAUAUAUCUAUAUAGCAAACAUGUCAUUGAGUUUAGAUUAACUUUCCAUACAUUAUAUUAAAAAGAUUUCCUUAAGGCAACUUUAUAGAAAUUAACAUGGAUUGAUUUUGCAAUUUUAAAAAUAUAUUCUAUAUUAAAUAUUAUAUAUCUUAAAUAGUCAUAAAUAUUUAGUUUAACACAUAUGUCAUUCCACAUUUUCUUUAAAAAUAGGACAUAAUACUGCAAAUAAAGCACUGUAUAAAGAAAUGAUAAUAUUUAAAUGUUAUUUAUUUUAAAUGUCACAAGUAAAACACCUUCUCAAAUAUCUCCCUUUCAAAAUUGUAGGAUUUAAAAAUCCAAUCUUGAAACUGAUAAGGUUUAAUAAGAAUUUCUUUUUGUUUUCUCUUUGCCUACAAUAACAUUAGCAUGAUUUAAUGACCACUUUGGGUCCUUUGCAGUGUUGUCUUCUCUUUUAAAAAGAGUGUUGGAAAAUUUAGGAGUUUCACUUGUCAUAGUACACAUACCACAAAAAUACUAACUCAAUACUUUGUAUAUCGGGUUUGUAUAAGGAAAGAACAUCACAUCGAUUUCAGAAAUGAAUUAAUUUUUAAGUAGAUGGCCGCUAAUAGAAUAUCUUCAUUAUUUGUUUUUAAAAUAAUUAUAUGGUAUCGUGUACAUGCAAAAUAUGGAUAAUCACAGCUUAUUUGUGCCAUGUGAAGCUUGUAAAGCAACUUAUUAUUUCCUAUGUAAGAUUUUAUCACUCCAUAGAUAAUUUAUAGUGUAUGUGCUGCUGGAGCAAGCACAAACGUUAUUGUCACUGGAAGCGGGUAACAAGUUUAAAAAUGGGACUUGCAUCAAACAUUUAUAGUUUAAAAACAUUUUUCUUAAAGUAUCAUCCGUUUUGUGCCUGAAAUAGAUAAGAACUUAAUCUAGAUACUGUUUUUUCUUAAUCUCCAACAUAUAAAAUAAAUUUUAUGAGGGAAAUAAUAAGUAUUUUUAAAUCAUCCAUAUUAUCCAAGAUGUAAAGAAAUCCAAACUCAGAAACUCUUAACCGUAAGUGAACUGUGUAACUGGUAUUUUUCUGAAUUAACCAAAUCAUUGACAAACUUCCAUGUCAUUCAAAUAAUAAUAUGUUCAUGGUUUGAUUGUG